GGAGGUGCUUUUUCCUCUCCCGCUUAAUUCAGGUUUACGGUCGAGCGGCUUCUCAGGCGGUGCUGUUGCUUUUCUUCUCAGGAAUCUCCGUCCUUCUUUCCGGAAUUUGGAAUCGAGUGAGUUUUCUGACGUGUUUGAGCACAGGACCCAGGGGUACUUGGAGAGAGAACUGGUCCUGGAGGAGCUGGACUGAUCAUAGAAAUGAGUCCUGCAGAUGCUCUCGAUGAUGAAAAUACAUUUAAAAUCUUAGUUGCAACAGAUAUUCAUCUGGGAUAUAUGGAAAAAGAUGCCGUCAGAGGAAAUGAUACGUUUGUAACACUUGAUGAAAUUUUAAGACUUGCCCAGGAAAAUGAUGUGGAUUUCAUUUUGUUAGGGGGUGAUCUUUUUCAUGAAAAUAAACCCUCAAGAAAAACAGUACAUAACUGCCUCGAGUUAUUAAGAAAAUAUUGCAUGGGAGAUCGUCCUGUACAGUUUGAAAUUAUCAGCGAUCAGUCAGUCAACUUCGGUUUUAGUAAGUUUCCAUGGGUGAACUACGAAGAUGGCAAUCUCAACAUUUCAAUUCCUGUGUUUAGUAUUCAUGGCAAUCAUGAUGAUCCUACGGGGGCAGAUGCACUCUGCGCCCUGGAUAUUUUAAGUUGUGCUGGAUUUGUAAAUCACUUUGGACGUUCAAUGUCUGUGGAGAAGAUAGACAUUAGUCCGGUUUUGCUUCAAAAAGGAAGCACAAAAAUUGCUCUAUAUGGCUUAGGAUCCAUUCCAGAUGAAAGGCUCUAUCGAAUGUUCGUCAACAAAAAAGUAACAAUGUUGAGACCAAAAGAAGAUGGGAACUCUUGGUUUAACUUAUUUGUGAUUCAUCAGAACAGGAGUAAACAUGGAAGUACUAACUUCAUUCCAGAACAGUUUUUGGAUGACUUCAUUGAUCUUGUUAUCUGGGGCCAUGAACAUGAGUGUAAAAUAGCUCCAACCAAAAAUGAACAACAGCUCUUUUACGUAUCACAACCUGGAAGCUCAGUGGUCACUUCUCUUUCCCCAGGAGAAGCUGUAAAGAAACACGUUGGUUUGCUGCGUAUUAAAGGAAGGAAGAUGAACAUGCAGAAAAUUCCUCUCCGCACAGUGCGGCAGUUUUUCAUGGAAGAUGUUGUUCUGGCUGAUCAUCCAGACAUUUUUAACCCCGAUAAUCCUAAAGUAACCCAAGUCAUACAGAGCUUCUGCUUGGAGAAGAUUGAAGAAAUGCUUGAAAAUGCAGAACGGGAACGUCUGGGAAAUUCUCGACAGCCAGAGAAGCCUCUUAUACGACUGCGAGUGGACUAUAGUGGAGGCUUUGAACCGUUCAGUGUUCUUCGCUUUAGCCAGAAAUUUGUGGACCGGGUAGCUAAUCCAAAAGAUGUUAUCCAUUUUUUCAGGCGUAGAGAGCAAAAGGAAGACACGGGAGAAGAGAUCAACUUUGGGAAGUUCAUCACAAAACCCUCAGAAGGAACAACUCUAAGGGUAGAAGACCUUGUGAAACAGUAUUUUCAAACCGCAGAGAAGAACGUGCAGCUCUCACUUCUAACAGAAAGGGGAAUGGGUGAAGCAGUACAAGAAUUUGUGGACAAGGAAGAAAAAGAUGCCAUAGAGGAAUUAGUGAAAUAUCAGUUGGAAAAAACACAGCGAUUUCUUAAAGAACGUCAUACUGAUGCCCUAGAAGAUAAAAUCGAUGAAGAGGUACGUCGUUUCAGAGAAAGCAGACAGAAGAAUGAAGAAGAUGAUGAAGUUCGAGAGGCCAUGAGUAGGGCCAGAGCCCUCAGAUCUCAGUCAGAGGAAGCUGCUUCCGCCUUUAGUGCUGAUGACCUUAUGAGUAUAGAUUUGGCAGAACAGAUGGCUGAUGACUCUGAUGACAGCAUCACGGCAGCAGCCAGCAAAGGAAGAGGCCGAGGAAGAGGCCGGAGAGGAGGAAGAGGGCAGAAUCCAGUGUCAAGAGGAGGAUCUCAGAGAGGAAGAGCAGGCACUGCUCUGGAGACUUCUACUCGAGGCAGAAGUUCAAAGGCCACUAUGUCAACAUCUAGAAAUAUGUCUAUUAUAGAUGCCUUUAAAGCUGCAAGACAGCAGCCCUCCCAAAAUGUUGCUACUAAGAAUUAUUCAGAGGUAAUUGUGGUAGAUGAGUCAGAUACGGAAGAAGACAUUUUUCCUACCACUUCCAAAGCUGAUCAAAGGUGGUUGAGCACUUCAUCAUCGAGCAAACACAUGUCCCGGAGCCACAACACUAAAGGGGUUGAUUUUGAAUCAGAUGAGGAUGAUGAUGAUGAUCCUUUUAUGAACAUUAGUUCUUUAAGAAGAAACAGAAGAUAAUAUAUUUAAUGGCAGUUUGAAGUUUUCAAGAUUCAGGAAAAAUCGAAACAUUGUAAACUACAAGUUUACCGGUUGAAGAUUUGAAGAUUUUUUGAGUAUUGCUGUUAACUGAAGAAUUUGAAUGAUUCUUACUUAACAGAGAAACUAAUGUAUAAAAAUUUAUGUUUUUGAAUAUCAUUUCCUGAACAUGACUUCAUUAUUUGAGAAACUUCCCAGCUCAAGGGUAUAUAGUAUAGCAUUGGUUUUCCUUAUUUUUUAAUCUGGUUGUUAACAUUACCUGUUCUGUAAAUGCUCCAUAAAACUUAGAAUGUUGUUUUUCUGACAUACAUCAGUAUAUGUCUUACCGAGUGAGAGCUUUGCUUAAAUACAGUCUUGAGUAAGGACUAAAAUAAAUCUACCAUUGUACGUUUCUGCUUUAUAAUCAAAGACUGUCAGUAUUUUAAGGUUAUUAUAUUUAGCCAAAGUUGAGGAAAAGAGCUUAUAGAAUCUAGCCCUUUUUAUAAUUUUUGUAACUUCUAGACAUCCUAGAUUUCCUGCAGGUAAAACAAUUUAUAUGAAACAGUACCUAAGCUCACUGUCUGUUACUCAGUAUAUGCUCUUUUUCUAAUGCUUGUGAUAGUAUCAGCCAGAAACUUUGAAUGAUUACAUAUACCCUAUACUUUGAAUAACUAGAUAUAAGUUUGUAUCAGAAAAUAAAGUCUGUCAGAAUUAUUGAGUUUUUUAUUCCAGUUGUAGCCAAGAUUCCAGAGGAUUAUGU